AUGUACUUCAUCAAUAUUAGUUGCCCUUCCUCUCUGGAUCAGGAAACUAAUGUGGCUUGUAACCUGACCCCUCAGACCUGCCUGUUAGAAGAGCUCUCUCAGAUGAUCGUUAACUUAGAGAUUCACAGCUCUUGUUCCUCGAUGGUGUCUCCUGUUACAAGAGCUCAACAUGAAAAUGUGGCAUACUUCUAUGAUGUUAAACCUGAAGCAGCCCUCCUCAUUCUUCUCCAAACUCCCAUCUGCAGGCCACACAGAUUCUCCUCAAGAGAGCCCUGUGAGGACACUGGUAAAACGUCACAGCCUUCAGGACACACCAUGGGUCACAGUGAUCAAGUUGUUCGAAGAAGAGCAAGAUGUUGGGAUAUGUACCAAAGGAGAUUUAGCAGUGUGUCUCAACCAGUCAAUCUUGGCAUGCAUUCUUCAUCCCAUCAGCAGCAAGAUGGAGAUGCAGCAAUGCAGGGUGCCCACGUGGAAUCUCCAGUAAGAUACACUCCCUAUGCCAUUUCACCCUCUCAUCGGAGAGGCAGUUUUCUUAAACAAGACCAAACCCAUGUCAACAUGGAGAGAGAGCAAAAACCUUCAGAGAGAAGAGUGGAGGUGAACAGGCCUCAGGAGACCUUAGGGAGCUGGUUCAAGAUCACGAUUCCAUUCGGCAUAAAAUACAAUGAGAAAUGGCUGCUGAAUUUGCUUCAGAACAAAUGCAGUGUAUCUUUCAUCCCAGUUGAGUUUCACUAUGAAAAAAUGAAUGCCACCUUCUUUGUGGAGAAUGCCAGCAUCGCCUCUGCACUGAAGAAUGUCAGUGGCGAGAUUUGGGAUGAGGAUAAUGAAAAGAUAUCAAUCUUUGUCUGUCCUGAUGGUAUACCCGACUCUGUGCAGAGGGAGCUAAAGUCAGAAAAGGGGGAGCAGGUAAAGCUGGCCGUGAACCAACAACAGGCUCUUGAUAUCCAGAAACUCCCCAUUUACUCAGACUUUAUGACCUGUGAUACUAAAAGGGCACCGAAUCCUAGAAAGGGCGUGGCUGCCUCCCUGAAUGUCCAUGAAGACAACAUACCUAAGGUGAUGUCUUCAGGGGAGAUGGACAAGUGGAAAGGGAUAGAGCCAGGAGAGAAGUGUGUGGAUAGAAGCCCAAUGUGCACCACCUUCCUGGAUAACUCCAACAACAUAAACUCCAUCCUGGAAUUGUUCCCUAAAUUAUUAUGCUUGGAUGGCCAGCAGUCAUCUGGACCAACUCCAUGUGGUCUUGAAGCCCACAAGAGGUUACCAACCUGUAAGGGAAGCUUCUUUGGAUCUGAGAUGCUGAAGAAUCUGGUCCUGCAAUUCCUGAAGCAGUAUUACUUAACCUAUGACUCUGGAGAUCGACAGGGUCUCCUCGGUGCUUACCACGAUGAGGCCUGCUUCUCCCUGAGCAUUUCCUUCAACCCUGGGGACUCAGCCCUGAGCAUUUUGUUCAAGUACUUCAAGGAUAACAGGAAUAUAAAAAUGCUCCAGAACCCCUACCUUCGGGGGCAGCUGCUGAAGCACACAAAACGUGACAUUGUGGACUUCCUCAGUGCAUUGCCCAAAACUCAGCAUGACCUCAGCUCCAUCCUGGUGGACAUGUGGUACCAGACGGAAUGGAUGCUCUGCUUUUCUGUCAACGGGGUGUUCAAGGAGGUGGAAGGACAGUCUCAGGGUUCUGUUCUUGCCUUCACCCGGACCUUCAUCACUACCCCUGGUAGCAAUUCCAGUUUAUGCAUCGUGAAUGAUGAGCUCUUUUUGCGAGGUACCAGCCACCCAAGGACCCAGAGUGCCUUGUUCGCCCUAGUGCCCACAUCCUUCUCCAGCUCCAUGCCUGCCUUCUCCCAGGAGCAGCAGAAAAUGAUGCCUUCAUAACAACCAGCAGGACUAGAGCAGAGCUGUUCCAGUUCUUGCACCACCCAAGGUGUACAUCCCUGUGACUGAAUCAGAAGAUUUGGCUGUGGCUAAGAAGCCAAAGCCCAACUCACAGGGCUGACUCUCAUCGUUCCAAAGGGGCCAGUUGUUCUGUGAACUUGUCCACCCCUGUCACCCCCAGGAUCUCUGUUUCUUUUCACAGUAAAGAAUGAUGCUGCCUGUUAUGUCAAA